AUGUUUAGACAAUUUAUUGGAAGAAUAAACCGUACCCAGUUGGAAACUGGAAAGUUUGCCUUUUACUUACUCACCCCAAUAUGUGUAAUGUACUAUGUCGGGUUGGAUUCUGACAAGAAAUUCAACAUGCCCGGGUUCUGGCCGGAUCCAGCUACCCUUAAUCAGAUUCCCAAAGAGCCUCAUGAGAUUCAAGCGGAAAUCGCACGAAUCAGAAGAGCAAGAGCAGAGAAAAGAGCCAGGCUCGAAGCUAAGGCCAGAGAAUUAGGAAUAGAAGAAGAUGCUGAAGGAAAGACUAGCGAAUAG